GGUACUGUGUAGCACCUGGGCCUAGGUCAGGUUGAGCAUAAUAUUGCUGGCCGUUAGGCGACUCCGGUUUUUCUGCAAGGACAACUACAAAUCGAUUUACUUUGCAUCAAAUACUGCUCUCAUAUCCAGAGCGUGGACUACCUUGCACUUUGUAGGAUUGCGUUUACUGCACCACUGUUGUGUGGCUGUGGCGUUUGACGCUGAUAACAAGCAAACAUGGAUCCGGGCGCAUUACCAUAAAGGCAGCAAUAAUGCGCGAGCCGGCGUCGCUGCAGGAGGACAACCUGCACGGGCUGGCUCCGCCGGGGUAUGAAAGCCCACCAAGGCGUCCCGCCGGCGACGCCACUGGCGAUGACCGCAGCUCGCCGGCGCCUGGCCUUGAUGACGACGGCGACUCGGUGGCGGAUGCGCAACGGCGCGCGACCCUGUCACGCCUGUCCAUGGCCACGGACCUCAGCCGCGCGGACUCCGCGCUGUCCACCACCGCGAUGCGGGACAGCAGAAAGAAGCGCGGGGGUGUGCAGUUCGGCGCCGACGUCCGCACCGGCACCUCCAACGAUGGCGCCGCUGGCGCCACAGCGGACGGCGUGACAGCUGGCGGCUUUGGCGGCUUCCCUGCCAGCCUGGUCGGGAACAGCGGCCCUUCCCUGACCAGCCCGGCCGGCCGGGCGCAGCAGCCGAACCGCACGGUCCUGACCCGCCGCAACUCCGCCACCAGCGGUACGGGCGGCCCGGCGGCGGGCGGCGGUGGCGCCGCCUCCGUCAGCGGCGGCUCGGCGGUGGGCGGCGCGCUGGCGGGCUGGAUGUCGGUCCGCGGCGCCGCGCCCCUGGACCUGUUGGAGCCGCCUGAGGACCUGCCGCCCCUGCACCAGGCGGCCUGGGACAACGACCUGGACGGCCUGCUGGACCUGUUGCGCAACCGGCCGCUGGGCGAGCGGGUGGGGCAGCUGGUGUGGUUCAACCCGAAACUCUACCCCAACUUCAAACCGCGCCACGCGCAACAGCAAUCACAGCAGCCACAGCAGCAACAGCAACAGGCGGGCGGGGCAGCAAUGAUGGGAACAGGUGGCGCCAAAGCGGCGAACCUGCUCAACCCUUUCGCCGGCCCCAACGCCGGACCCGAAUUCGCACAGGGCCAGCCACAGCAGCAGCAGCAGCAGCGCCCCUUGAGCGGCGGCAACGCGCCAGCAGCUGGCGGCGUGAGUGGAGCGGGCGGCGGCGGCGCAUACCGCAAGCCGCCGGCGCUGGGCCACGUCAGCACCGCGCCGCCUCCGCCGCCGGUGCCCACGGUCGCCACGCCCGCCUCCGCUGAGCAGGCGCUGCAAGCGCUCCUGCGGCGCGAGUUCCUGCGUCACGCCUGCCACCCGCUCACCAUCGCGGCGGCGCACGGCAAUGACCGCAUGGUCGACGAACUCAUCAAGGCCAUGGCUGCGGACGCCGCCGCCAGGACCGCCGUCAGGAGCAGCAGCAUUGACCGCGGCGGCGGCGGCGGCAUGCCGAGUAGCAGCAUGGGCGGCUUGGAUGGCGGGCGCGGCGGCGGCGGCAGCGGUGGCGGCGCAGGCGGGCGCGUCGACUUGCAGCUGACGUGGACGAAGCCGCCAGCCGACCUGCCGCCGGGCUGCCCCUGGGUGACGCCGCUGGCGGCGGCGGCACUGGGCGGCAAUGGCGAGUGCAUCCGCCUCAUCGGCGCAGCCAUCCGAGGCGGCCGCUCCGGGCGCCGCGCCGACGACCGCUCCACCUACGGCUGCUUCCGUUUCCGGCCGCUGGUGCUGGCGCAGAGCGCCGAGGCCGUGCACGCCCUGUUCGAUUACCAGAUCACGGCGCCGGACACAAUCAAAAACAGCCUCUGCGACGCCGCACGCCGGCUAGCGAAGCGGCAGCAGGCGGCCCUGGCACGCGCUGCCGCGGCCGCCGCCGCGGCAGCGGCGGCGGCAGUCAGCGGUGGCUCCGGUGCAGGUGCUGCUGGGCACGGCAAGGGUGCGCCGGGGCAGCAGCUGCCGAAGCAGGGCGGGGCAGUUGCCGAAAGCGCAUUGGGCAAAACCGGCGGCACAAGGCCAGGCGCAGACAGCGCCGCCGGCAGCGGUGUCGGACUCUCCGAAAUGGGCACCUCGGCGGCCGUCACGGACGCAGACGAAGGCGACGAUGGCGAUAAUGGCGAGGACGGCGAGGUGUCGCAGCGUCCAAGCGCGCGGCCCGGCGUCAGUCUGGCGUCAAUGGGCGGCCCCUCCCGCGGCAUGUCGGAGGGCUCGCUGCGGGCGGCCGAGUCAUUGCUGCUUGGAGGGCCCGACAGCGAGGCGUCAGAGCUGGCGCCGCUGCCCAACCAGGUGCCGGCGCCGGCCGCGGCAGCGCCCAUGGCAGCGGCUGGGGCGGCGGCUCAGGCCAGCACGGGGGCGCCAACUGCCCCGGCGGCUGCUGCGUCAGCAGCCACGGCGACGGCGGGAACGGCCCCGGGUAGCAUGGGCCUGGGCGGGGGUGUGGGCAUGGGCAGCGCCGCGCAGCAGCUGGUGGCCAGCAAGGUGACGGAGCUGGUGCUGUUCCGCUGCCGCCUGUUCCAUGACGCCGGCGGCAUGCCGCUGGAGAAGUCAUUGGCGGCAUGCAGGCUGGAGACCCUGCAGAUGCUGGCCACGCUGACCGCCCUGGUGGAACACGGCUUGGAGCCCGACCGCUUCCUGUCGGGCGCCGAGCACCCCACCCUCAACUCCACCUCACUCCUAGUAGUCAUGGUGCGGAACUAUGACGCCGCGCUCCGCGCCGCCGCCGGCCGCAGCGGCGCCGCCGGUGCCGCCGCAGGCGGCAGCCUGCCACCCACGCCCGGCCCCAACGCCAUCAUCGAAACGGAAGCCGUGCUGGCCAGUGGGCCCAGCGGCACGGCGGCCAGUGGUGUGGGUGGCAUGUGGCCGAUGGCGGGCGGCAGCGGCGGCUUGGGGCUGGCGGGGGGUGUGGGCGGCGGCGCGGACCUUGUGAGCGUGAUGCACAGUGGGCUGAACACGCUGGUGGCGGUGCUGCUGGAGCACGGGGCGCUGGUGGACGAGCCGCCCAGGAGGCAUUUCCCACAGGUGGGCGGCCUGCACUCCGCCCCUCGCACCGGCUUUGAGGCGGCGCUGGACCACACCUUCGCCAACGGGCCGCAGGAGCUGGUGGUGCUGCUGCUGCAGCACUCGGCCCGCCAGCCGGAGGAGCACAGCGUGCUGGUCGGCGCAGGCGCAGGCGGCGGCGGCGUCGGCACCGGUGACGGCGCAGGCGGCGAAGCCGGCGUGGGGCGGGUGUACGGGCAGGCGGACCGCGACGCGGCGGCGGCGCUGAUCUACGGCAGUCGCCCGCGCUCGGCGGCGGGCGCGGCGGCCGGUGUGGGCGGCUACGGCGUUCGGCAGGUGCCGUGGGAGGGCGGGCGCAGCAGCCCGCUGCUCGCGUUCGGCGCAAAACUGCAGGCGGCGCUGGUGGAGGGCAACCUGCCCCUCUGGCUGCACAGCGGCAAGUUCGUGUCGCUGAUGGAGGACCUGGUCAAGUGCACCAUCGCGGUGGACCCGCACCUGGUGCCCGCCGACCUGGCCUGGCUGGUCAUGGACGUGUUCGAGCGCUGCCUGGCGCACGAGUUCGACACAGUGGCGGCGGCGGUGCGGCCGCGGCGGCGAGCCAAGACGUCGCGCACCCACGGCGGCGGCCUGGCGCACCGCGGCAAAGAGCCCGUGAGCACUGGCAAGGGCGGCGCCGGCGGCGACAACGGCGUUACCGCCGCCGAAGCUGCAACUCCUGUGGCAGCUGCAGUCGGCGGCGGCGAGGGCGACGCGGGCAGUACCGUGAUCCACAUGGGCGGCCUGGUCAGCUCCCCCACCGGCCUCACCAUUGCUUCCGCGCUGAAAGACAUCGGCGGCGAAGGCGACCCGUACACACCCCACGCCAACGGCGACGGCGACCGCGCCUCGUUCGCCACACCGUUGCCGAUGCCGUCGGGCGCGUCCGUCGCCGCGCGCUUCGCCAGCGCCUGCUCGCUGCAGCCCGGCCAGAGCGCGCUGCUGUCGGGCGCCAGCCGCUCCAAGCCGCGGCGCGGCAGCACACACGAGGGCAGCAAGGAGGGAGACGCUUACUACGGCCACUUCACGGCCCGCAGCAGCAGUAGCAGCAGUAGCAGCAGUAGCUCAUCGUCGUCGUCGUCGUCGGAUGAGGGUGGUUACGGGACCAGCACCUCGUCUGCCACUUCCUCUUCCUCUUCCUCCUCUUCCUCCAGCUCCUCCUCCGCCGCUUCCGCCACCUCCGCCGCGUCAGCGGCCUCCAGGCGGAAGCGCAGCGGCCGGCGGAAGGCCAAGGCCGCGACAGCGGCUGACACCGCUGCCGCCGCCGCCGCUGAUGAUGUGGCCACCGCCGCCAGCAAGGGCGGUCUGCGGCAGCGCCUGCAGCACAAGCACUCACACGGCGUCGACCACGAGCCAUCCAAGGCGCCGGACUCUAAAUCCAAAAAGCCGCACAGCCACAAGCACCGGUCCGGCGGCGGCGGCAAGCGGCGCGUGCUGACGCGCAGUGAGCGGCUGCCGGCUGGCAGCGGGGGCGGCGCGGUGCUAUCCACUCCGGAGGACAGCAUGGUGUUGGGUGUGGUACAGAGCCUAUUCAGGCACACGGCCGACGCCAUCACCGGGCUGCACCAGGACCUCAAGGACGGCUCGCUGGACGGGCCGCUGGCGUCCGUGACGUCCUCCUACGCCGGCGGCGCCAACGCCGCCGCCAGCGCGGCGCGCACGCGGCUGGCCAUCGCGCAGCACGCGACCGCCGUGGACUGGUCGGUGCUGCUGCGCCUGGUCGCGCGCAUAGCCGCGCUCACGCUAAACCCGCCACGCAGCUUCGGCGCCAACGCCGGCCAGAUCUCCGUCUUCACCGCCGCCAAGGCCGUGAACCAGCUGCUCUACGCCCGUGAUUGGGCGAUCGGGCACACCGGGACAGCCGGCGGCGGCGGCCUCGGCGGCUUCGGGCCGGGGUCCGGCGGGGCUGCUGGCGCGGCCAGCCGCGCCGCCGGAGGCGGAGGCGGCGCGGCGUCCGUCGCGCGCGCCUCCGCCGCCGCGACGGCGGCGGCGGUGGCCGCCUACGCCAGCGGCGGUAGCGUUGCCUACGCGCCUGUGAUCCCGACGUCGGGGACGGUGGUCGACAUCGACCUGCUGCGGGCGGUGGCUCGGCGGCACCCGCACGAGGCGGCGCGGCUGAUCCACGGCAUGGACACGCUGCGUGUGGUGCUGGACGAGUACCGCUGGGACUCCAUCCCCAUGUCCCUGGACCAGGACUUCUACGCCGUCUACAGCAAGGGCGAGGCCAUUCGGCUGAACACCAGCACACGCGGCCCCUGGGUGGUGCCGCUGAGCGUGGCGGCGGCGAUGCGCGCGGCGGCGGCGGACGCGACGGCGCGGCGGCGCGAGGCGGAGGCGGCGCGGCGGCGCGCCGUGGCCGGCCACCGCACCGAAGUCAGCAACCAUGUCGGCGCCGCCAGCAACAAAGUGGUGCCGGUGGUGACGAGUGACGAGCCCGGCGGCAACGCCAACAGCGCCAUCGGCCACGGCGAUGAGUGCAUGGCAUGUGCGAGCGGCGAUGGUAAGGCCGACUGCGACGGCGAGGGCGACGGCGACGGCGACGGCGGGCAGGAGGAGCACGCCUCCCCCAGCAAGCCCCGGUCGCGGCACCUGGCCUUUAGUGAGCCGGCGGAGACGCCGUCCAUGGCGCCAGACCGCGGCGGCGGCGGCGGCGGCGGCGGCCAUGGUCAUGGUCACGGUCACGGCGAUGGAGCGGAUGCGCCGCUGCCGGUGCACUUCGGCGCCACCACCAACCUUUUCAACGACGAGGGCUUUGCCGCCUUCGGCGCAGCCACGAUGGGGCCGGGCGGCGUCGCCGCGCCGUGGGGCGCCAGCACCAGCGUGGCGGCGGCGGCGGCAGCCGCCGCGGCGGCGGAGGCGGCGGAGCCGAUGGCGCGCGAGGACAUCCUGCAGGCGUGCGUGUUCGCAAACAUGUGGAGUGUGCUGACGCACUUUGUGCUGUCGUCCACUCGGCUGCCCGACUACAUGGGCGCGCUGCAGCGGCUGCGCGGGCAGACCUACAAGUACGCGGCGCUGGGGCAGAUCCGGCAGUACGGCAGCAUACCGGUGGUGAUGGUGCUGGGCCUGCUGGCCGGGCUGCUGGGUCUGGGCACCCGCGGGCUGCAGAGCAGUGUGCGGCUGCUGGGCAACUUGGUACUCCGGGGGUACGAGCGCCUGGAGAUACGCCUGCAGCCGGCCAUGGACGUGGUGGGCAAGAAGCUGCACCGCGUGCAGCGGGGGCUGGGCAAGGCGCGGCGCCACAUCGGGCGGGUGGCCAAGCACGCGGGCCGCAUCGCCGACAAGGCCACGGGCGGCAGCCGCAUGCUGCGCGGCACCGGCUCCGCAGUGCUCGGCAACUUCCGCGUCAUCCCCCACUACCUGUCCUUCCUGCGGGUGCUGCUCGACCCGGACAUGCUAGCCGAGGUGUGGCUGGGCAUCACGCAGCACUACCACCGCCGCGCCGUGCCGCGGCCGGGCCGGGCAGGUGGUGGCGGCGGCGGCAUGGGCGGAGCGGAUAGGGGCGGUGGAGGCGGCGGCGGCGGCGGCGCGGAGGCGGCGGCGGCAGUGGGCGCGCCGCACACGCUGGGCGGGCGCACCACGCGCAUUGUGCUGCACCGUGUGCCGCUGAGCUGCGCCGCCGCCAUGCCGGCCACGCUGCUGUACAAGCUGGCAUCGUCACCGCAGGUGAACGGCGAGUUAUUCGCCAGCCCCAUCAUGCGCGCCGUCAUCACGUGGCGCUGGCAGGUGUUCACGCGCUACUUCCUGCUGCUGCAGUUCCUGGAGCACCUGGUGUACAUGGCGUUCUUCAUGGUGUACGCCUUCUCGCUGUCCUACUCGCCCGAGGCCUUCACCGCCGUCCUGGGCGCCGCCAUCACCGCCGUCACCCCCACCUCCGACUGCUCGCUGCCGCCCAGCCAGCUGCAGCGCUUCCUGCUCAUCAGCCUGGCCGUGCUCACAACGACGUGCAUCAUGCAGGAGUUCCGGCAGGUGCUGUUCUUCAAGCUGGACUGGCUGCGGCAGCCCUGGAACCUCAUGGACUUCGCCUCAUCAGCCAUCGUGUGGACCAUCAUCGUCACACACCUGGGCUGCAACAGUGAGCCGGGGCUGCUUCGCGGCCUGGCGGCGGUGGAGGUUGCGCUGCUGUUCCUGCGCCUGCUGUACUUCGCCAUGGCGGACGACCGGUUGGGCUCCUUCUUCCGCAUGGUGAUCGAGGUGCUGCGCGACCUCUCGCUGUUCUUCGUUUUCCUGGGCAUCCUGUUCAUUGGCUGGGGCCUGGCCAUGAGCGUCCUCAAGGGCAGCGAGGGUGACGGCAUGCCCGCCACGUUUGAGCAGCUGUUCACCAUGAUCUUCGGCGACUUCCAAAAGUCAACAUUAGACGCCAUGGACGCUGGUAGCGACGCGCUGAACGUGCUGCUGCGCCUCUUCGCGUCUUUCUACCAGAUCCUUGUUACGAUCAUCCUGUUGAACCUGCUGAUCGCCAUCAUCAACGACAGCUACGAGCGCAUCAACGACAACGAGUACUUCGAGAGCCUGCGCAACAAGCUGACGCUCAUCGUGGAGGCUGAGUCGGUGCUGCCCACCGGCCUGGCACGACGCAUGCUGGAGGCGCUCGCCAAGACGGACCUGUACAUCAUCACGCCCGAGGCGGCCACGGUGGACGCGGCCAGCGCCGACGCGGGCGCGGAGGCGGACACGGCGCUGGCGGGCGGCGCCACCCGCCGCUCCCUGGCGCCGCCCUCGCGCUGGUACGGCCGCAUGAGCGAGACCAAGCGCUUCGUGAGCACGUUGAUGGACGACCUGGUGGCCCAGCAGAAGCACUUCCAGGGCCGCAUGCUGACCAUGAUCAGCAACCUCAAGAUAAACAGCGGCGCCGCCGGCGGCGACGGCGGGCUGGGCGGUGUGGCGGCCAGCGGCGGGCUGGGCGGCGGCGGCCUGGGGCUGGGCGGCGGCGGGCGCGGCCGGCACAGCGCCGUGGGCGGCGGCCAGCGCGGCGGCGGCGGCGGGCUGGGGCUGGGGCUGAGCAACAGCAUGGGCCAGGUGGGUGACGGCGGCGCGGCGGAGGGGCUGCUGGAGGACGCGGUGCAGCUGGAGAAGCGGCUGCUGGAGCGCAUGGGCGCCAUGGAGGAGGCGCAGCGCCGGGCGGCGGCGGGGCUGGAGGACCGGCUGGCGGCGGCGCUGAGGCAGCAGCUGGCGGAGGUCAGCGCCGCCGCGGCGCGGGAGGCGGCGCGGGAUGCGGUUGCGGCGGCGAUGGGUGACGGUCACGGCCCUGGUAGCAGAGGGAGUGGCGCCGGGAGCGGGAGCGGCAGCGGGAGGCAGGCGCCAUCUCGGGGCUCGUCUAGCGGCGCUGCUCCUGGGAUGGGAGUUGGGACGUCGCUCAGGCCGCCGCUGUCCGGCGCCGCCUCCGGCAGUCUGGGUGCAGGAGGGGGCGGCGGCGGACAGGCCUCGCCGCAGCUGGCGCAGGCGUCAUUGCCGCCGGGCCUAGUGGUGGUGGAGCGCUCGGCGCUGGAGGAGGUAGCUCGAGCGGCGGCGGAGCAGGCGGCGCAGAUAGCGGUGCAGCGGGUGCUGGCAGCGAUGCAGCAGCCGCAGCAGGCACUGCCGCAGUAGUCCUGGACAUGUCCAUAAUUGUGUGAGCCAUUGUACUGGAGUUUAGGGAGUGGAAGGUUUGCCGUUUUGGCGUGAUUCCAGGAGUUCUUGCGAGGAUGCAUGCGUGGUCCGGGUGAGCUUGGUGGCAUUGGUGUGCGGUCGCGUGCGGACUGCAUUGAGUGAGUGUACGUAUGGCCGAGCGAGCGAGCAUAUGAAGAGACAGCCCAGAAUGUAGACGCAGCUACGGGUUGACCGCGUUGCUGUUUGUGCGCGCAUCGAGAAGGCUUGCAACGCGACACAUGGCCGGGUGCAGGUAGCUGCGAGGCUGGGCCCCCAUUCAUAGAUGCUGACAGACUUAAACCUUUUUGAAAGAUUGAAAGAGCGUGCGUGUUUGUGGGUGAGGGUGAAGCAUUUAUGGCAUGGGCGAGAUGUGGGUCGUGAUGGGGCGCAGCAAUGCGUCGGGUCAGAGAGGAACACAGGACUGGGUGGACUUGCGAGCCCGCUGGAAGCGCGGACUAGCGCGGGGUUUCCGUUGGACUGAACCAGCUGCACGUCAUGGCGGGCACUGAGUGGGCGUUUCCUUGCAUUGCAUUUCGAUUCGGCAGCUGGGCAGGGAGCCUACUAGAGCUAGAGAAGGCCGACGGCGUCGCAGGCGGCACGCCCCUGGGGUCCAGAGCAGGGUGUUCGUUCUCCACGCCACUGGCUCGUGAAGUGCGUCAGCAGGUCCCUCUUGUAACCAAUGCAAUCU